CAAAAGGAAGGGCAGUUCAGCGUGCUGCAGCUGGUGGGAAUGCUGCGGGGGAUAGCAGCCGGCAUGCGCUACCUUUCGGACAUGAAUUACGUCCACCGAGAUCUGGCUGCCCGAAAUAUCCUGGUCAACAGCAACCUGGUUUGCAAGGUGUCCGAUUUUGGAUUGUCGCGGUUCUUGGAGGACGACGCCUCAAACCCUACUUACACAGGAGCCUUGGGUGGCAAGAUCCCGAUUCGCUGGACAGCCCCAGAAGCUAUCCAGUAUCGCAAAUUCACAUCCUCCAGUGACGUGUGGAGCUAUGGCAUUGUGAUGUGGGAGGUCAUGUCUUACGGCGAAAGACCCUAUUGGGACAUGUCAAAUCAAGAUGUUAUUAACGCUAUCGACCAGGAUUAUCGGCUGCCACCUCCCCCGGACUGCCCCACUGUCUUGCACUUGCUGAUGCUGGACUGCUGGCAGAAGGAACGGGUCCAGAGGCCCAAAUUUGAGCAGAUUGUUAACGCCUUGGACAAGAUGAUCCGCAAGCCAUCCGCCCUCAAAGCCACGGGCACAGGGAACAGCAG